UCUCUUUUAACACCUUGCUUUUGUUGAGGCUGGCUUUGAACUCGAGAUCCUCCUGCCUCAGCCUCCCAAGCUGCUGGGAUGACAGGUGUGCACCACUGUGCCCAGCUAGGCUGUGGGCAGCCUCCCCAAGUGAGCAGAUCCUGUAGAGUUCAAGUCACUUUGUUCUACACACACAGUCCCUUUGUCCCUUUUGGGAGACAGUAAUUGGGGAGGUCUGCUGCUUGCUGUUCCUUCCUUGUUAGCCUGAUUCUGGGAGGGAGUGGAGGAGACGAGUUGAGGCCCCAGGAACCCCCAUGGGCUGGGGGAGAGGCUGGUAGUGCCAGUCUUUAAACAUGCCAGUCGUGGCCAGGUUUGUAGUCUGGGGUCCAUGAUGACCCUUGUGAGCUCUCUUGGGGCUGGAGAUGAAGGGUGGCAAGACUCAAGGCCAAGGCUGUGGUCCUGGUCCAGCUGAAAGGGCCCGUAGCCAGGCUGUGCAGGUGGAGCAGGAUGACCAAGGCUGAGAUGGCAUUUGUGUCUGGUGCCUCUGCCCCCAGGAUGCCCUCACUGAUUCCCUCCCCUCCUCCAAGGCCCCCUUUCUGCUGAGGGUCUGGGAGCUGCAUUCUGGGCUAGAAUCUCUAACCUCAGAGAUGGUUCUUGUAGGAGGUGCCCUAAACUUGGGAAGUUAGGCAUGUUGGGGACCUGAGGCCCAGAGAGAUGGGGUGACACACCUCACGCUGCACAGCGAGUGAGUGGGCUGCGAAGCUGGGGCGUCUCCCCAGUCCCCGCUGCCCUGUCCUGCCUGUUCUCCGCCGCGUCCUUUCCAGCAGGGAGGAGGCUACACAGCGCUCUGCCAAGAACCAGGAAAACACAUUUUUUCCCUCUGUCCUCACAGAGCAAGCAAGAGGGGUCAGCAGCCAGGGCGGAGCCUGUGCCAGUGGGUGGGCCUGUCUAUAGGGUGUCUCUGGAGUGGCCUGGGGGCCAGGCCGGGUGUGUGGGAGGGUUCAUGGCCUCCGCCUGGGCAGCCGAGGACCAGGAAUCAGCUCACCGCGUGGAGCGCCCAAGAGUGUUGGGAAGCCAGACCUGGAGGUCCGCUCUGCUGUCUCCCUCAGAGAAGAGCAGCAGCUGGGCAGGGCAGGGCCAGGCCAGCCAGCCUGGAGGACAGUCCUAGGAGUCCCGGCCUGGGCCUUGAAGUUGAAAGCCCAGGGCCGCUGGAAAGCUCCCGGUUCUUGUGACUUUGCCUCGGCAGCUGCCUGACUGCUGAGCCAGGACAUCCCUGGGCAAACGGGGUGCCCCAGCUCUCAGCAAGGAUGCGGUCAGGGGCUGAGGCAAGGCAGGAGGCGGUGGGGGAGAGGAGGCAGGAACCCGCUGAGAGUCUUCAGAGCGCAGCCAGCCGGCUUCGUGGCCUCCAGGAGAGGGGACGGCUGCCGUUCAGCCUGGGCUUCCUCUCGGGCGGGGGCUGUGUUGGGAAGGAUUCUGAGGCUGUGUCCACGCUCAGUGUCGAGAGGGUCGGGGCUGAGUCUCACCUCCCUGGGGGAGUGCUGUGAUUAGGCCACGGUGUCCCUGGAGCUGGGAGCAGAGAGAAGGGGGGGUGAUGCGGAUGAGCCAACCGUGCGCAGCCGGGAUCUCGUCUGAGCUGCCUGUGUUUUCUACGCGCGGAUGCAGUUACAGUCCUCCCGAACUUUACAGAUGGGGAGACCAGCUCCCAAGGGAAAAGUGACCGAGCGAGGGGCCAGGCUAUGCAACCCAGGUUCUGUGCUAGGCACAGCACCCAGAACUCAGCACCAGCACCCAGCACCCAGCAGGCUUAGUUACCUGCGCCAGAAAAGGCUUUCCCUCUCCCACUGGGUCUCCGUGUGGCCCAGACAGCACUCAACACACCAGUUCCCCAAACAGCGGGUGGCGAGGGCCCUGGGUACUUGAGGACAGGCCUAACCCAAAUCCUGGCGUUCCAGAGCUGAGGGGCCUGGAGACUGUCAAGUGCACUUCCUCUGUGGGGGUAAACAGGACCCAGGGAAAGGCUCUGCCAGGGUCACACUGUGAGGAGGCAGGUGGCCCCUGGUGGCCUCCUCAGGGUGGGCUACUCCAGAGGCAAUUCACAGAGCUGUCAGGAAGGCCAGGGAUGGAGUGGUGGGAAGGGAUUAGGAUUCAGUCCUGGGUUUCUAUGGGCUUCGGAAUUCCUCUCUCUUUGCAGGGAGGCAGCCACUCACCUGCUGUGUGACUUCAGGCAAAUGAUGGGUCUCUAUCUCCUGUGGGCCAAAAUGGGCGUGGGGUGGGGGCAAAUGGCCUGUAAGCCUUUCCUGCAGCUCCCUGAGUGACUCUGGCCAGCUGGGAGGCGCUGAAUCAGAGCGGGACCCUAGUGCUGGCUGCAGGCCUGAACCCCGCUCCUCCUGGACGGUCACUGACCUCUGCAGUUAUACCACUUGCUUCCACCAAAACCCCAUGAGGCAGGUAUUGUGCUGUUCCUACAGAUGGGAAAGUGGAGACCCAGAGAGGCUGAGCAGCUCGCCCGAGGUCACACAGCCCGGGGAACACAGGGAUGGGACUGAAACCAGGCUAGCCUCUGACCACGCCACUUUCUCUGUUUCCCUCACCCUCUGCGGGCCCAGCUGCACAUAGAUGGGGUCCCUACUGCUCCCCUCCUGUUCUCCUGGCAUCUGUAACCUCUUCACCAUGGGAGCAAGGAGGCAAAGGGAAACAGAAAGAGCUGGAGACUGGGCCGGGAGCUUCCUCUGCACUAGGCUUGACCUUGGAACUGGGUUUGGACACUGACCAGCUGGGCGACUGCAUCAGACUACCCAGCCCCUCCCAGUGCCGGCUCCUGCCCUGCAGGGCCCUGCGCUGGGUGGCCUUAAACCCGCAGGGCUGACCCAGCUCAUCGAUGGAAAGGAAAGCCACGGUUAUGACCCUGGGACGGCGGCUGUGGUGGGGAGGGCGAGGGCUCAGGAGGGCUUCCUGGAGGAGAGGUCUGUGCCCAGGGCGGAUGGAUGAGCAGGAGUCUAGUGGGAGAAGUGGGGAGGAGGGAACAGCGGAAAGUGUCACGAGGUAGGGGACAGCCCAGAGGCAUGAACUGGGGGUGGGAGGAAGUGAAAGAAAUUCCUCGUGUCUGGAAUGCAGAACGGAGCCCUGUGGUGGGAAAGGGCCAGGGCUGGACACGCAGGUCCUGGGGUGCUGCGCGGGUGGCCUGGACUGCGCACUCAGGACCGGAGGGAGCCAUGGGAGUGGCUUAGAUUCACCUGGUGGAAAGACCCUCUGGUCGCCGUGGGGAGGGGGCACUGAGGCUGGACUCCCUGGGUGUGCGGCAGGGGCAGCGCCCUUUCAAGAGGCUGUGUGGCCGGUGGGACUGGUGCGAGUGGCGUGUGGACAUCUACAGGUAGCAUCCGCUGAGUCAGGAGGCUGGCACGUUGCAUAUGAUUUGUCCAGGCCGGAGGGGUGGGCAGGGCGUCGAGGUCCCCACGGACAGCUGAAGGGGCAGCCAGGGCCCAAGUCCCAUCGUGGCUGGAGGGCCAGGCAGGGAACCGGCCAGAGCCCAGGCUGAGCCUGCGGUUAGCAAUGUGGGCUGCAGCUCAGGGGUCCGCCCUGCGAAGUGGGCCUUACCCCCGCCCCCCCAGGAUCUCUGAGGAAGUCCGGGCUGCCCAGGGCCUUCUCUUGGUUGUUAGAAGAACACGAGGCUUUCAGGCCCGCAGGGAAGGCACUGGGGCCGGUGCCCCUCACAGUCCAUCUGCCCAGGGACAAGCGGAGUUGGUGCCCAGCAGCCCCAGGCAGUUGGGGAAGUUCUCUCAAACUCGGGCCUCGGGUCUCAGUACAUCCCAAAAGCCUGGUGGCUCUUAAGAGCCUCCCAGCCCCAGGGGCGCAGUGGCUUCUGUCGGAGGAACCUCUUGAAAUGCCAACUUCCCUUUUCUGUCUGCUCCUUCCCUCUGAGGUGCCAGACCCCUGACUGUGUGGGCCUGCAGGGGCUGGGGGUUCCCAAAAAGCCCUGGACUGUCCCCACCUCAGCCUGAGUCACCCUGGGAAUUCAGCCACUAGCACCCCAAGCAUGCGCUCUGGCCAAGCGCUCUUCUAAGCCCUGGGGAGUCCGCGGGUGCAAGCUCUGUCCCUCUGGGAGCAGACACUCUCCAGGAGGCAGACGCUGAACAAAUACAUAAAAUGUUUGUGACUAAUAAUUACAAACUGAAAAGUGCUACAACACAGGCGGGGGCGGGAGAAGGGGAGAGAGCUUGCGUGGGUCUCUGCCAGUGCCAGGGGUUGGUUCUACGCUGAGAUUUGAAGAGACCUGAGGGGUGGCACAGCUCUGCGAGCUAGUGGAUCCCCAUGCCAGGCAGAGCAGGCGCCAUGCAGGGGCCCUGGAGCAGCACAUGGGGGCUGGAGGAGCCGCAAGGAGGUGGUCCAGGAGGAACAGAGCUGGGGAGGCCAGUGGCUGGUCAGAGGCAAUUGCGCAGGGCACAUUGGGCAGUUCCUUGUGGCCACUGUGAUGACCUGGCUUUACUUCCAGUGAGAUGGGAGCCCUGGAAGGGUCCCAAGACUGGCAUGAGGUGAUCUGAUUAACACCCAACUACUCUGUCACCAAGGGGAAAGCAAGCAUAGAGAGGGUCACAUACCUGCCAGACACAUACCUGUCCCCAUGGUUGGCAAGGGGACCCUUCCAAAAGGCUCAGGUAUGUCUGGUACCAGGUCCGUGCACUUUCCAUUUCUCUGAUGUGUCCCCAGGAGACCGCUGGACCUUGCCAGGAUGUGUCAGAGGCUGGGCUGACCCAUGAGGUCCGACCCACAGACAGCUCAAGGAUCCAAAGCCUGGACCGUCCUUCGCCUCCCGGGUCUCGCUAAGGACAGUGCCUAGGGGGCCGCACCUCAGAUCACAAAACACCUGCCUUUUCCUUUGCUCCUUACCACGUCCCCUGCCCAGGGGAAUUGUCCCGUGAGUAAACUGAGGCUCACACUAAAGCAGAGAGAAGAUCAGAUCCACAGGGGACAGAGGAUCACUUCUUCAAAGGGUCCCCUUGGGGAGGUGGUUCCCUUCUCCAGCCUCAAGUGACGACCACUGACCUCUGGAAUGUCCCCUCCAUGAAGUUUUUUUGGUUUUGUUUCUUGAACUGGGGAUUGAACCCAGGAGUGUGUUACCAGUGAGCUACAGCCCCAGACCUUUUAUUUUUAUUUAUUUAUUUAUUUAUUUUUUUGAGGCAGGGAGGGUCUCAGUACUUGCUGAGGCUGGUCUUGAACUGGUGAUCCUCUUCCCUCGGCCUCCACAGGAGGUCUCCUUGCUGGGACUAUAGGCGCACACGGCUGGCAAACAGUAGCUGCUUGACAGGUCGUUGUUAGAACAUUCAGGCCCGCAGGGAAGGACUGGGGGCUGAUGGUCCCUCACCAGCCCAGGGCUGCUACCCCAUCUGCCCAGGGACAAGCUGAGUUAGUGCCCAGCUACCCCCAGGCAGCUGGGGAAGCUUUCCUAAAAUACAGGCCUGAAUGAGGGUGACCUGAGGGGGGGACCGGGAUGUCAUAUCUUGUUGCGGUGCUGGCUGUCCUUUGGGAAGUACACGUUUUGUGCAUGUGUUUUUUGGUUUGGGUUUUACUGGGUGGUAGUGGGGGGCGGAGUCAGGCCUUGAGCAUGCCAGGCAAGCACUCCACCUUGGAGCUGCACCCCAGCCCCACCCAAGUUGUAAGGAACAGUCUCUCUGUAGGUUAUACUUCCAUGAAACUUUUUAGAAACAUCAAAUAGGCAUGUCUUAGCCUCUGGGAAGAAUGGACUGUGGGCGGUGCUCUCAAUAAAUGAGAGCCCCCUGCAUGUCAGUCUUGGAAGUGGGCAGAAGGAUGAAGUGAUAAGGCAGGUGAUGGCCCUAUUCUUAUGGCCUGAAAUUUUGGUGGAAGAGGUGUGGGAGGGAGAGACAAGCCAUAAGCCAGAAUUGGAACCAAAUAGAACUUCACAAAAGAUGAUUGUUAUGAGGCUUGAUAAAUGACACAAUGUGGGGUUUGAGUCUGGAUGGUCAGGGAAGAUCUCUCAGAGGAGACAGCAUUGGGCAAAGACCUGGAUGACCAGGAGUCCCUAAGGGGAGAGAACAGUAAAGAAAACAGUGAGUGCAAAGGCCCUGAGGCUAGAAUGAUCUAUUUAAUUAAGAAGGCUGCACCCUCGGGUCAGAGGAAGGUGUCAGGCUUCAGUUCUCAGGUAGUGAGUUUGGAUUUUACUCUAAGUGUGUGUGUGGGAGGACCCCAAAGUGACCUUGACCUCCUCUGUCUCCUAGGUCUGCAACCAUGUCUGUGGAUCCCUUAUCCAGCAAAGCCCUGAAGGUCAAGCGCGAGCUGAGCGAGAACACGCCGCACCUGUCGGACGAGGCGCUGAUGGGGCUGUCGGUGCGCGAGCUCAACCGGAACCUGCGCGGGCUCUCGGCCGAGGAGGUGACGCGGCUCAAGCAGCGGCGCCGCACGCUCAAGAACCGCGGCUACGCCGCCAGCUGCCGCGUGAAGCGCGUGUGCCAGAAAGAGGAGCUGCAGAAGCAGAAGUCGGAGCUGGAGCGCGAGGUGGACAAGCUGGCGCGCGAGAACGCCGCCAUGCGCCUGGAGCUCGACGCGCUGCGCGGCAAGUGCGAGGCGUUGCAGGGCUUCGCGCUACUCAACUCCAGACCCAAGUAUUGCCUGGGUUUCAAGCAACAGAACACCCUGCUACACGAACGUGCACUACGCCACGAGGCUCUUCCUAAGACUGGCUGGCAAAAGCCCAGCCUGCCUGGGGACUUCAGCCCUGGAUACACGGGUGUGGAGGGCAAGGACAGGAACUGGUGGUCCCUGGUCACUCCUAAGGCCUGUUAA